GUCCCGGCGGGCCUGGCCGGAGGGGGCUAGGGGCGGGGACGCCGCUCGGCGGGGACGGCCGCCCCCCUCGCUGACGUCCCGAAAGGACCGAGGAGCGCUACUAAGAGGGACCUGGGCCCGGGUCACGCAGAAGUUGCCCCUCAGCCAUGCAUCAGAUCCUGUCUGUACAAGCAGGAGACCUGUACAGCCUUGAUUCUUUCUGAGGAAUGGAAAAGGAAGCUAGAAACAACUCAGCGAGAAUCCUGCCUGUCUAUGAAAUGCAGUUAACACAUCAGCUGGACCUAUUUCCUGAAUGCAGGGUGACCCUUCUAUUAUUUAAAGAUGUAAAAAAUGCUGGAGAUUUGAGAAAAAAGGCCAUGGAAGGUGCUAUUGAUGGUUCAUUAAUAAACCCUAAGGUGAUUGUCGAUCCAUUUCAGAUACUUGUUGCAGCAAACAAAGCAGUUCAUCUCUACAAACUAGGAAAAAUGAAGACAAGAACUCUAUCAACUGAAAUUAUUUUCAACCUUUCCCCAAAUAACAAUAUUUCAGAAGCUUUAAAAAAAUUUGGUAUCUCAGCAAAAGACACUUCAGUUCUAAUUGUUUACAUUGAAGAGGGAGAAAAACAGAUAAAUCAAGAAGACCUAAUAUCUCAGGUAGAAGGUCAUCAAGUUUCUCUGAAAAACCUUCCUGACCUAACAAAUAUUACAGAAGUCAAAAAGAUAUAUAAACUAUCUUCACAAGAAGAAAGUAUUGGAACGUUAUUGGAUGGCAUCAUUUGUAGAAUGUCAACAAAAGAUGUUUUGUGAAAUGACAGAAAUAUUAGAUAUUGUCAGCAUUUCUUUUUAAAAAGUGGAGUUUUCUUUCUUGAUUAUAAAAUGUAUAUAUGUUCAAUCGUAGAAAAUACAAUGGUACAACAAAGGGAAAAAAAGCCAUGCCUAAUCUUCUCUCUUAAUAUUUUAAAAGAUAGCCACUGUUGCUAUUAUGUGUUCUCGUCUUCUGAUCUGUUUCUAUUCAAAUAUAUUUCAUCUUUAUAAAAUUGGAAUAAUUGGGUGUUUCCUAGGUUCUUGCCUCAGUGAUUUUAUAUUCAUCAGCUCAUAUCCCUGCCCUUACUUCUGGCUGUUCCAGCAUUUCCCUUCUAAGCCUCCCAGUUCCAAGGGUUUUACAUACAAGAACUUAUUUGUUAUAACCUUACGAGGUAAAUACUAGUAUUACCACUGUUUUACACACAAGGCAACUAAAAAAUUACACAAAUAAGUAACUUGCUCAAGGUCAUACAGCUAAUAUAAAGCCAUGUUUUAGAAAUGGUUUGGGUUUUCUUUUCCUACUUUAUCUUCUAUUUUGAUUGCAGCAGUUAAGACAGCCUUGGUCAGGGGUCAGCAAACUUUUCUAUGAAGAGCCAGAUAGUAAAUAUUUCCAGCUUUGCAGGCCAUAAGCUCAACUCUUGCUGUCAUAGUGCAGAGGCAUCCACAGGUCAUAAAUGAUGCGUAUACCUGUGUUUUCGGUGAAACUCAAUUGACAAAAAGAAGUAGUGGGCAGGAUUUGACCUGAGGUCCAUACUUUGUGGACUUCUGGGUUAGGUUAGGCUUCGAUUAAAGUCCCUAAGGCUCACUGGUUUCACAGGACAAAAGUUUGUGUCAUGCAUAGUCUGCAUAGCCCGCAUGAAGCAGUAAACACACAGGGCAGUGACUCAAGAACUUUAUCUCCAAAGCUAGUCACGUGGUCCUGCCAACCUCACAAAGGACAGAAGUGUGAUCCUGCCACGUGCCAGAAAGCAGGGAGGUGGGAAAUACUUAGUGAUUUCUAUCAUGAUCAUAAAUAAUAAAGCACAUAAGUACAUUUCUUGCAGGUAGUGUGCUUAAUAUUUUAUACACAUUACCUCACUUAGUCCUUACUACAAUCCCAAGAGAUUUUUACUAGCAAGGAACUAGAUCUAGUCUCUGAAGUCUAUUUCAAAAAAUUUCAAACCUACAAGACAACAGUACAAUAAAAGUCCACAUACCUUUCAUGUGAAUUCACUAUGUGUUAACAUUUUCCUAAACUAGUUUGCUUGCCUCUGGCUCUCCUGUCUGUACUCAGGUGUACACACAACUUUUGCUGACUGAUUUGAAAGUAAGUUGCAGACCUGGCACUUCAGCCUAUACAGUGUUUAGUUAUCAUACCUCAUAUCCUUUAAAGUAAACCUCUUAAGAAUAAUGACAUUUUUUGAGGAGCACCCUUGAUGUCUCUCAGAAUCCCACACUAUUUGGAUUUGUUGAUGAUUUAAGUCAGCUUAAAUAUUUUUGGGAGUAAGAGUAGGUAAGUUUUGUGUCCUUGCCAUUGUGUGUCAUCAGGAGGCACAUGAGGGCUGGCCCGUCACUGCUGAUACAGAGUUUAAUCAGCUGCUUAAGGUGGUGCCUCGCCCAGACCUGCCCAUUCAGAGGCAUCUCUUCCCCUGAUGCAGUGUUUCAGCUACCCCAGGCUACAAGUCUGGCCCUGUGUUCCUAACAUCUCCAGCAUACUACUCCUCCUGUGCCAUCACUCACAUUCUUUUUAUUGACGUGUAAAAUGUCACAUAUGUACUUAUUCUCCUAUUUUUACACAUUUAUGUUGCCUUCAAUGUUUCACUUUUGCAAAUAAAUCUUUGUACAUGUUUCCCUUU